UGAAAAGUUUUAGUUCAGUUCCAGUUCGAGUUGUGUUCAGUACGACGGCAGCGUGCAACGUGCACAGUUUGGCAACUCCGGAGAGGAAAAAGUUAUUUGAGCAUAAAGCAAAUCAAGUGUAUAAAACUAUAAAACAGUUCAAUUUAGUGACAGUUGUGUUUAUAUACGAACGGCAAACUAACCGACAACAGUUGUCGUGUGUUUCAAUUGAGUACUGUUUAUAUUCGCGAACUUAAUUAGAGUGAAAAUAUCGCAUGUGACCGUAAACAAAUUCAAAACCAAUAAAUCUGCAAUUUCGAAGAUAUCCUUUAAAGGAUUUUCAAUUAAGUGGUAAAGCAUUAUAACUGUUAAUAUAGAGCAAACGUAGCAGCAGCAACAACAACAAGCACAGCAAAUAAGGCAAACUUCACGACUGCCAAAACCGCUGCCCUCUCUAGCACUACAUCAUCGCGCAGCACCAAGCACCCAUACAUACAUACCGUUAACUCGCACUCGCACACCCGAGCACGCCAGCACUUCAUUGAGCACAACAAAAUGCGAAGUUGCCAUUUAAUUGCGCUGUCGAUUGGCGUCUGUGUGGCAGCACUGGCGCUCAUACCAGCCACCGUGUGCGCCACGACAGAGGUACAGGAGACGCCAUUGGCGUUGCCCGUCGCCGAACAGACACAACCGACCACGGCUACACCGGGUGAAAUUUGGGAGGAGGACGAUCAUGAGAUUUUGAUACGCAACGAACGCGGCACAAAGAGCGAUGGUCUCUCCUGUCGUUAUGGCAAAAAUCCAUGGACUGAAUGCGACCAGAAGACCAACACACGCUCACGAACGUUGACAUUGAAGAAGGGCGAUCCGGCAUGCGAUCAAACGCGAACCAUACAAAAGAAAUGCAAAAAAGCUUGCCGAUAUGAGAAGGGUUCCUGGUCUGAGUGUGCCACUGGUCAAAUGACACGCGCUGAUAAAUUAAAGGCGACCAGCGAUCCAUCGUGCGAAGCAACACGUGUCAUUAAGAAGAAUUGCAAACCCGGCAAGUCCAAGGACAAGAGCGCCAAGGAGCAACGCAAGAAUAAGGAUAAAGGUGUACGCAAAGCACGCGCCUAAUUCUCCAACAGCACACUACAAACCCAGCGAACUGUUUCAAUUUGAAUUCAAAAACAAAAACAAAAACAACAAUUGAAUUGAUUGAAACACAAUGCAGAAAACACACACAUGAAAACCGCAUGCAACAACGCCACAUACACAAACAACAACAACAACAGCAGCAAAAAUGAAUGCAACAUCAACCAAUGAAAAACACUACUAACUGACAGACUUCUUACAAACAAACACAAAAACA